UCGUCGAAUAUGAUUCCGAAAGUAACUUCGCAAGAGUUCACCCUUCCGUUUGGUUCGUUCGUCCAUUGGUCGAUGAUCGUGCGAGGCUUCGCGCUUUUCUCUCGCGUCGAUUCAGUCUCAGUGCCGAGCACGACGCGAUCGGUACACCGUUUAGGCGUGUUUAAGCGGCUUCCUAUAGAAACUGGGAGAGAGAGAGAGAGAGAGAGAGAGAGAGAGAGAGAGAGGGAUAGAGAAAGGGAGAGAGAGAGAGAGUAGAUUGAACAAAAUGUGUUAAUUUAUUAUAUUUGUGAACGAGUCUUCAAUCAUACGAGUUCUUCUUUCCGCAAUUUUUUAACAGGCACAAUUAUAUUUUUUUUUUUAUCUACACCAAGAGAGAAAUAAACACAAAUCGGCCAUUCCUAUGAUGAAAUUACUGGCAGGUGUGGAGAAGGUGAACGAAUCGAUCGAGGACGAGUCAUCUAAAGAAAAACCACAUAAUAAUAAUGAAAUCGAUACGAUACAGGAUCAUCUUCAGGCUCUCGUCAGGAAGUGCGAUCACGUUCCGACGGAUUCAUCGAUCAAGAGAGAAGUAUUAAUGAACAAUAAUGAAACCAAAUUGAGACGAUUGCUAUCAUUCAAAGAUGCACCAGAAUAUCUUAGACACAAUCCGUAUAUACUUAAUGGUUAUCGAGGAUAUUUAACUACAAAAUUAUGCGUGGAAAGUAUAUUUUGGUGGACGAACGAGACGAUCAACAUAUGGAGUCACAUUUUUGGAUGGAUGUUAUUUUUCGGUUUAACCCUGUACGAUCUUUGCUUGUUAAAUAUUCACGCACCUUUCGGAGACAAAAUUAUAGUAGCUUUACUAUUAAUCUGCUUCCAGGUAUGCAUGAUAUUAUCGUCAGUAUACCAUACGUUCUCCUGUCGAAGUGAACAAGAUUAUUGGUGUUUUUUAUCUUUUGAUCUUUUCGGUAUAGCUUUAAGUCUCCUAUCGAUUUACAUGUCUGGUGUUUACUAUGCCUUUUGGUGUCACAAGGAUUUGCAACAAUUUUAUUUGGUGACAGUCCUAGUGAUAUUUCUGUUCGCUAUGGUACUGCAGAUACCAAAGUUGAAUGUAAACGGAAACGUCAAGUUGAUCGUAUUCGUAGCUUGGGCAGUUUAUGGAGUUCUGCCAACACUGCAUUGGAGUAUAGCAAUGGGUGGUAUGGACAAUCCGAUCGUUAGACUGCUACUACCAAGGGUCCUUGGGAUGUAUGCCAUUAGUGGUUUAGCUUUUGUAAUAUAUUUGACAAAGAUACCCGAACGUUUAAUUCCUGGUUGGGUCGAUUACGUUGGUUCGUCUCAUCAAUGGUGGCACGCGCUGGUCGUGUUGGCACUUUACUAUUGGCACAAUACUGGUAUGUUGUAUGUCGAAUACAGGAUGAACCACGGGUGUCCAGCUAAUAUGAGAUUAUGACAUACGGAUAACGACGAUCAGUCUGCACCACGCUUCAAUAUGGAGUGUGCUUGCGCAAUGGAGAUGAACUUAGCUUGGCUUGGCUUGCAAAAGCAAUUGUCCCCAUACCAAUUUGCUGAGGGUAUAGCGAGUGUCUGCUUCCUGGAGAACCCUUUCAAGAUUUACAUGAAAGAAUAGAUGAGAAAGACAAAAAGACAAAAGAACAGAUAAAGUAAAAGUGAAUUAAAUAAAAGGGUAGAAGAAAGGUCGACGAGAAAAAAUCGGUUUUUUUUUUUUUUUUUCCUUGAAAGAAGGACUACUCGCAGGGAUAUCGAAUUUGUGAGUCAAAGAGAUAGUAAAUAGAUAGAUAAAUAGGUAGGUGAAAGAGGAAAAAGCGUGUAUGAGACUGAACGUCGGAAAAAAAUAAUUCUCUAAAUAUAAUAUAAUAGACGGUAAGCAGUACUAUAUUGUUGAAAGACGAAAAAAAGGCUGACAAAGUUUGCGAUUUGUGCUUAUCGAUGAACUGGGUUGGAAUUUUUUAUACGAAUGCGCGAUUAUUAUUUCAAUGAAAGGA